AUGACACUCGUCCUGUCCUUUUGCCAAAGGAAUCAAGUUGUAUCUAUCGACAAGAUAAUGCCGCUUGAAAAUAGAAUCGAUGAUCUUGAAAGGAUUACGGUAGUUGCCACAUCGUUCUUAUUACAGAAGGCGCAUAACCAAUUCCGAAUUUUCCGAGAAUUCUGCAAGUAUCAGCGUACUCAUGGAUUCCCUGCUCCAGUAUUUGACAGAAAUGGUAGCAUUGUUAAUCAGCCACCCCCACUUGGCUCCUCGCCAAAAUCACCUCAAUUCCACUCCCGUCCAGGUUAUGAUUAUCAGCGACCAAUCAACGGCAUGCACUUUCAACAGGCUUGGGAUAACAACUCCUUUGCACUGAGCUUCACGCUUCCCUGUGAUCAAUUCUCUCCUGCUCAUCAAGCAUUCGAUCAGUUCCGCAAUCAUCCGUGUCUUCCAAAUCAUCUGAUUCCAAGAAAAGUGAUUUUCAUGUACGAUCGCCCGACAAAUCAGAUGCCCCCGAAAACGGUUCAAUUGGUUCGCAAUCCAUACUAUCAGCCACCAGCAGUCCAACUACGAGAAAUGAUGAAGGGAAAUUUCAACGUUGUUCGAUACAACGCGAAGGCUCAAACGGAAUGGAGAGAACAUAGCGCUGAUAACAGCCAUCGUUUGCAUAAAGCGGUAUUGCUGUCGGGCGAAAAGGCGCCGACGCCAACGCCGAACUGUAAGUUAGACAGAAAGGAGUGGAGUACAAAAAGCAAAAUGAUAAGCGAGUUGAUUCAACCAGAGAUGGCAGCACAUCAGCGUUCAAUUGCCAAAGUCGCAAAAUGGCUUGAGGAAAUGGACGAAUUGACUCAAAAACCGUAUGAAGCUAUUGAGACCACACAUCCUACUGUUGGCGAAUUUCUUGAAGCCAACCCAUCCGCUUCGAUUUAUAUCGAAGUUCACGGAUCUCAAUCGCCUCGUCGCAAUUUGAAAAACCUCGCCGUUCCUCUGUCGCCGAAUGUGAAACACAUUUCUUUGGUAUUGGGAACGAAGGUGGAAAGGGCACGCAGUGGUGGUGUCGAUGUCGACGGUGAUCAUCAUGACAGCAGCAACAGCAAGAAGAAAAUCGAGGAGAAGAUGGAAACAAAGACUGAGGAGAGGAAAGAGAACGAAACUGGAUUGAAAGGAGACUCAGAGAACAAUGCGUGUUUGGUCGGCCAAGAAUCAUCAGGUGCCGAGAGGUGCUCCGAGAGCAACGGAUCCCAGACAAGCGGCUUCAACGAUGCUCAGUUUUCUCAUGACGACGUGGAGAGUCAGGCGGGUAUGUUGCACUUUUGGGAGAGUGGCGUGUUGGGGAGCCAACCGGAGAACUUGGCAAUUGGAAAGGAGGAGGUAUUUUCUCGUUUUCUGAUAGUCAAUCUAAUAGCCUUCACGUGUGCCCCAAAAUUCGAAGAUCCUCUUCUCCGUGUGUCAGUUUCUCUUCUAGCCAGUUCUCGAGUCAAAAUUCCGUGCCAGUUUCAUAUAUAUGUGAAGAAAACAAACGAUCGUGGGAUAGACGUUCUUCAGAAAAAUAAGAACAAUAAUACACCAUAUGUGCAUUAA